AAUGGUACGUUCCAAACCAGCUACUGUAGGUAAAGAGCAUAGUUAUGUGUGCAGGGGACCACAGAAGUGAGAAUAUAUUAUUAGUCUUGAGGGUUAUUUAACUAAUAGAGCUCCCUUUUCAGACUAUGAAGUCAGUUUAAGUGUGUAGAAUGCACACUGUCUGUAAACCCGCAACUGCUCCGGUGCUGUAAAUGCGCUGUCGACUGCUCCGGUGCUGUAAAUGCGCUGUCGAGGUAACUGGAGCGGAGAGUGACAACAGUGGAGAAGGCGGAUAGUGAGAAAGAAGUGAUUAAGCCAUUAAUCUAUUAUAUUAUCGUUCAUCGUCAGCUCUUACUGACAUAACUGAGGAGUAGGAUUGGAAAGGCGAGGCUCGUCAGAAAUGAUGCGGAAUUUGCCGGUUGCGCAAAGCCGCAACGAAGAACACAGGCCGAGCGAAGGGAAGCGCAGGAGGAUGUUUAUUCCAUACCAGGGUAGAUCUAUGUGGACAGGAGGUGUUCCUUAAUCUGAAAGCCUUCCGUCCCUUCCCUGAUCCAUUCCCCUCCUUGGAUCCUGCUAUUUGUGGUUCUUUUCACCCGUCACACCUCAGUCACCAUGACGUCCACUCUGCAGACGUUGGCCUUCAAACUGGCUCUGCCUCCACAAGAAGUUGGUCCUGAGCCACUGGAUACUUGCGAUUUUGGAACGGAUCGCCAGUAUGAAGUGGUUCCCUCCGUGGUCUGCUCCAUGUGCUGCCUAUUCGGCAUCAUCUACUGCUUCUUUGGCUACCGCUGUUUCAAGGCCGUGCUCUUCUUGACAGGCCUGAUGUUUGGCUCAGUGGUGGUCUUCCUGCUGUGCUACAAGGAGCGAGUGCUGGACACACAGCUUAGUGCUGAGGCGAGCGCAGGCAUCGGGCUGGGCAUCGGGACCCUGUGUGGUCUGGUCACCAUGCUGGUGCGCAGUGUUGGUCUCUUCAUGGUGGGUCUGCUUCUGGGGCUGUUGGCAGGAAUUGGCACACUGGUGGGCAUGGAGGAGUUGUCAUCAGCACCACCACGCUCAGUGUGGGUGCCUCUUGGGGUACUGUUAGGCCUGGGAAUGCUGUUUGCUGUUCUCACAUUGCAGUGGCAGCGCUUCUUUACCACUCUUUCUACAGCAGCAUUCGGAGCAGCAGUCAUUGCUGUGGCGGCCGAUUACUUUGUGGAGCUGUUUGGGUUGGUGCGCUACAUCUACGAGCGAGUGAAGGCUGUACCGGCACGCUCUCAGUGUUGGGUGACCUGGGCCGUGCUUGGAGCAUGGCCUGCCCUCGCCUUGCUUGGAGCAUUUGUGCAGUGGCGGGUGACAGCUGAAGGAUACUCGCACACUAAAGUGAUGAUAAGCCGUCAGCAGCGGCGAGUGCAGCUCAUGCGGAUCCGACAGAAGGAGGAGAGGAGAGAGUGCAGCAGGAAGAAGAGGAGGAAGCAGCAGUCUCAACACCAUACGCACUCAGGCAAAGCUAUGCAUCCAGAACCGCCGUACCGCAGGAAACCCCAGCCUGUCCGCCGCUAUGAUGGAGACGUCCUCUCUCCGAGCUACAUCCAGAGUUUCCGAGAGCGGCAAGGGGAAGGGUGUGCGUAUCCUGGUGCCCGGCUCUCUGGUGCACACACUGCCGUGGACAUAGACUACGACUGUGGCUCGACUGUCCCCCUCACCUCUGGUGCUGUACCUAAUCCUCGAGUGUGACCUCACACAUGGUUACACACUCUCAUCUCACUGUCCUGGUGCUGUCCAUGACCUGACCUGUGUAUACACAGUUGUACAAACUGUAUUGACAGUGAGUGUAUGGAUUGGGGGAGCUACAGGCAUGAGCAUGUUGCUUAAAGAGUGUAUUCAAGACUUCUACACAAAUCCAUACACAAAUCCAUAUGCACACUCAUUCACGCAUAUGCACACUCCUGCUGAACAUGUGCCUGAGCCACAGCACACUUACAGUUAUGAGGUGAACAUCUGUAAAAGAAGAAAUCGAGGCCUGGCUCAUCACACUUUAUUGUUUUAUUUUGUUUUAUUACUUUAUGUCAAUGUGAUAAAGCAGCGCAGUGACCCCCCGUAAAUAUUUCCUGUCUGUCGUACAUUAUUGCAGUGAGGAAAUUCUCUCUUGGUGCUGAAUCUUGUAAUAUAAAGAUCCUUCUUCUCAUUGCAAAUCUGUGGAUUCUAACAUUUACAUCUCCACUGUCAUAUUUUUACAUUUAUUUUCUCUUGAACUGUACCAAAUAGCUGUGCAGGAGGGGGAUUGCCUUUAGGCUCCAGUGGGAGGCUGUCUCAGGAGAAUCUGCUCCUUGGCUUUAACGAGGCUGCAGGGGAAAUAGCCAUAUUACAGCAGAAUCUCUGGUGCAGUCUGAGUGCAAUUUGAAAAAAAGCGAAACUCAGGGACGGCUAGAACACUGCAAACUGCUGAAACAGAUGGAACUAGACCUAGUGACACUAGCACCAGCUGGUGGAGUUGAAAGAAAGAAAGAUGGAGUUUAUUUUUCGUUGUUGUUUUUUUGGACUUCCACCCAGAGUCGCCUGGCAUCAGCGGCUCUCUUUCCUGUGAAAUCCUGUCACUCAUUCCUGUGCUUUUGCUGUGCCGUCCUAAAGUGUAGUGAUGAUGCUGAUGCCAUCAACUAACAUCUGUGGUGUCCUCAAGAACAAAACAGGUUUUCUCAAUUCUGAUGAUCUGUGUGUUUGAUAAGACCUUUGAUAAGGUCUUUUUUUUUUUUUUUGUCUUUCUUUCUUUUUAAUUCUGUUCUCCUAGCUGUAUGUUUCAGUGUUUCAGUCAAGUCGCUGCACUUCUGUUUUGUACAUAGAAUGCACUAGAAUGCACAUUUACUGUUUUAUUUGCCUUUUCUAUUUAUUUGACUUAAUUGUAAACUGAUUUGCUUUUUUUUCUUUAUUAAUAGAACGAUGGGCAUAUAGAUGUGUAUUUAUUUGAUUGCUUAUUUAUUUGCAUUUGAGACAUGCUUACAGACCAUUUACCCUCUGACUGCAGAGUUUAGUCACAAAGAACUGAGAGAAAGAUUUUCAUCAGGACAUGCACCUUACAAUCUAAUGUUAUUCUUCUUAUUAUAAAGCAUGUGUUUGUAUGAACCUGGAUAUUAUGAUAAAGUAUGUGAUUCCAA